AGCAGUCCAGCGAGCAGAGCUGAGCUGAGCUGGUGGCCUCCCAAGAAACCCCCAGCCACUUCUGCCCAAGGCCAGAGACGCCCCAGAGGAAUCUUCCUCCGACCCAUCUCUUGGGCCGCAGCCGGGGGGCGCGGGGGAGAGGGACAGAGUCUCAGGUGAGAGAGACUCAGACAGACAGACAGAGCGCUCAGCCCUUCCGCACCCAACACCGUCUCCUAAGACCGACAAGACUCUUGGCGUCUUCAUCUAACCGGAGAACCACAGCCCUUGAUCUGGGCUCCGCUCUAAGGCCGGCCCUUUCUCACUCACUCCCACCUUGGAAAGAUGGAACCCCAGGAGAGCGCCGUCCAGUACAGCCGAUGGAACAACAGCCAGGAUGAGGUCAGCAUGAAUGUGUCGACCCCAGAGAGCUCAGGCUGUGAGCGGGUCUACAAUAAACUAUGCACCCGGAAGCUGGGCAUCGCUAUGAAGGUGGUAGGCGGAAUCGUUCUGUUCUGGGUCAUCUUCAUCAUCGGCUACAUCACUGGGUACUACAUCCACAAGUGCAAGUAGCACUUGUCUGAGCCUGCUGGACACCUUUUCCGAGGAGCCCUCCACCCACCCAGAGACCUCUUACUACCUGGCCAAGACCAUCAGGCCAAGGCUGCCCCCUGGGGGCACAUACACCUAUAGAGAUAGACACACACACACAUAUACACACACAACGGGACAAAUAUAGACACAAAGACUCUUUUCAGAGAAAGAGAGGAUAUGCUGAAACAAAUACAGAGGCAGACACUGGAUGAGAGAGAGCAACACAGAUACACCAAGCCAAAACAUUGGCCUGCAAGAGACUAGAAAGAUGAGACACAUACUCUGCUACAGAUACACAGAGAUGCUAAGAGACAGACAUACAAUUAGGCACAUACAGGCUAAUUUACUGAAAGACAGACUCAGAGAAACAGACACACACUAACAACAGAAACAAAUCUCUUCUCUCCUGCCCCAGGAUAGAAUUCCAGACCAAGCCAUCCAUAACCCAGCCCUCCCCUGCCACAUUCCAGCCCCCGCACACUCAGUUAUUGAAGCCCAGGAUGGCAACUCUCAUUCCCACCCUCCUUGGUCACUCCUGUUUCUCCUCACCAACCCGAUAACUUCUCCUUUGGACCUGUGGCUACCCUCAGAUAGCCAGAAGUCCAAGAAAGAUGAGAGAAGCCAGGAGACAGUUUUAUCCUUCAGAAACCUUCCCAGGGAUGACUUUUGUUCAUGGCUACAGUCAGCCCCAGAGUCCCUAUGCAGUGUCUACCCAUCCCUACCCCAUAUUUGGUGAAAGCAGGACCUAGAAGGGAGAGAACCAUUUGGUUGGU